CAGCAUCCUCCAACUCUCGAAACUAGCCACUGCGCGUGUGCGUGUAAAAGAACAACCUCGCAACUUGUUCUAGUGUCUCAUCACAAAGUGGUCAUCACUUUCACAUGCUCGGUGUAGCUCCAGUCCCACUUGGUUUUCAGGACUUCCCAAAACGUGGGUUCAUCUUCUCAUGCCUCUUUGUUCACUUCAGAAAAGCACAACCCUGUCAUAAUCUGAGUCAGGUUCCUUGAAUUCCAGGAAUAAUUGAGCGUGAACUCGAGUUACGGCUACGUGCUAAGCCCUAGUGGAAAAAAAGAGCCUAUUCUAGGAUAGUGAUAGUUUUGUGACUUCUUUAAAUAUCUACACAUUUCUCCCAUCACCUUAGUCACUCAUCUUUGCCCAAGUUUGCAAUUCUCUUCACCAUGACACACUCACUAGCUUCUCUUGCUGUGUUCACUUUCUUGUCACUCAUCUUGUUGCUUCCUCCAACUGAUGGGAGGACUCACAGUCACCACACGAAAAAAAAGAAUUUGCCUGCCGUGUCUCAUAUCUCGGCACCGCCCUCUCCGUCCCCUGAGCCCGCCAAUGCUGCUAGCCCCAGUUACAAUGGUGGCGAUGCAGAUUCCUUUUCUGCGUUCGAUGUGCGAAAGUUUGGUGCCAAAGGUGACGGAGUCACCGACGAUACGGAUGCAUUCAAGAUGGCCUGGGACGCGGCUUGCGACGCCGAGUCAGCCACUCUGCUCAUCCCUCGUGGCCAUUCCUUCAUGAUACAGUCUACCAUUUUCACAGGGCCUUGCAAAGCCAACCUUGUUUUCCAGAUUGACGGAACUAUAAUGCCACCGGACGGUCCCGACUUGUGGCCGCAGCGCAUAAGCAAGAGGCAGUGGCUGGUCUUUUACAGGAUCAAUGGAAUGUCAAUGCAAGGAGGCGGGCUAAUAGAUGGGAGAGGAGAGAAAUGGUGGAAUCUUCCUUGUAAGCCACACAAAGGAAUAAAUGGAACAACCAUGCCUGGCCCUUGUGACAGCCCAGUUGCCAUAAGGUUCUUCAUGAGCUCCAACUUGACAGUUCAGGGACUUAAAAUCAAGGACAGCCCUCAAUUCCAUUUCCGAUUUGAUGGCUGUCGCAACGUCCUCAUCGAAUCGCUCUCCAUCAAGGCGCCUUCUCAGAGUCCAAACACGGAUGGGAUUCAUAUAGAGAACACGAACAGUGUGGGAAUAUACAAUUCAAUGAUCUCUAAUGGUGACGACUGCGUAUCCAUUGGAGCGGGUUGCUAUGACGUUAAUAUAAGAAACAUAACUUGCGGUCCUAGUCAUGGAAUAAGCAUCGGCAGUCUUGGCGUUCGCAACUCCCACGCCUGCGUCUCGAACAUCACCGUGACGGAUUCUGUGAUCAAGCAUUCGGACAACGGGGUCCGGAUCAAGACGUGGCAGGGCGGUUCGGGUGCCGUCUCUCACGUGACCUUCGACAACAUCCACAUGGAUUCGGUUCGGAACCCGAUCAUCAUCGACCAAUACUACUGCCUCACCAAGGUGUGCGCCAACCAGACCUCGGCGGUCUACGUUUCUGACAUCUUGUACUCCAACAUCAAGGGCACAUAUGACGUCCGAAGCCCGCCGAUGCAUUUUGGGUGCAGCGAUGCGAUCCCGUGCACCAACCUGACGCUCUCGGAGAUCGAGCUGCUUCCGGCGCAGGGGGAAUACUUCUUGAACCCAUUUUGCUGGAACGCUUAUGGGAUUAUGCAGACACUCACAAUCCCACCAGCUAUGUGCUUGGUGGAGGGAAUGCCGGAGAAGAUAAUACAGACUGAUGUUGAUCAUUGUUGAUCCACGUGGGGUUAAUAUAUAAUAUUGUCUAGACUAAAUCAUCGUACUCAAGAAAUAUGUAGAGUCUAUUUAGAUAUCAAUUAAGAAAGAUAAUAGUUCUUAGUGAUAUGUUGCUCUUAAUUCAAUUUGCAAACCAUAUAGCACAUCAAAAGUUUUAAG